UCAAGCUUCUACCAUAAAUAAGAACAUCCGAAUAUCACACCAUAUCGUUCUAGAGAAAAAGAUACUGAGAAGAGAAUGGUGAUGAACAUCUCACGUACAACGAUGAUGGUGUUGCUCUUUGCUGUAGCUGUAACCAUAGCAUAUUCCUUUGAAAUGCUUCAGGAAUCCAAGACCCACGAACUUCAUCCUGACCUUAUAAAAUCAGAUCAUGAUCUUUACAAUGUGUCGUCAGAUUGUGACCCUAAUAUUUUAACCUCAGGUUAUGACCUUGAUAUUUUAAAGCCAGAUCGUGACCUUGGCACUGUAACAUCAGAUCGUGGCGUCGUGAAUUCAGAUUGCAACCUUGACAUUGUUAAUUCAGAUUGUGACCUUGACAUUGUUAAUUCAGAUCGUGACCUUGCCAUUGUACUGGGCAGGAACACUGAUGAUGUACUAUACCCUGACCUUAAUAUUGCUGUUAUUCAAGCCAUCGACCUAGAAGGCACCAGUGACAUUGACAUUGAAAGCAGACAUGACGAGCAAACAAAGACAGAAGAGAAUAUAUACACAGAACAAAUUAACACAUGCGACCCUCCUCACCACUCUAACAGUCAUACAGCAAUACGCGACGUCGCUAAAUACCCUGGACUAUUUCACACCCCAGAGACAAUGGGCAGAAUGAACAAGGAGAUGGACACUUUAAGGGCAACGAAGAGUGACAAUGACAACUGCUGUCCCACAGUUAUUAAGCACGUUAAGAACAAAACAAUGCGAAACGCGGAUGGCCUGAUUAGAACCCUAACCCACUUUACCAACUCGUCUCAAGCAAUUCCGUUUGUUGACAAUUGUGAUCCGCACCGGGGACAUGGACGUCGAGGCAGAUGUAAAACAUGUGAAGCGCAAAACGUCACCUUGUUUCUUCUUGUGGAACCAGACUCGGAGCACAGUGAGCGAUAUUUUGACAAAUUCUCAAUACCAAUGUACUGCACAUGUAAAAGUUUAAUCUGCAAGUGAGAUGCUUAAUGUCGUAUGCAAAUAGUUAAACUACGAAACAAAUCUAUUUUCAAUAGUAAUGAAAAAAGCCAGUCCGGAAAAAAAGUUUCUCUGCAUCAAUUAUACAGAAUAUUGUCACUUCCGGUCAAUAAAAUGCGUCGGAGUGACGUUGAUCAAACACCAAGGACCAGGAUGUUGAAGACAUUAAUUUGUCAUCCAUGCAACACAAGUUGCAGAAAUUCCGUAAGCUGUAGUGAUCUGGAUGUGUCACUUUGUUCCAGCUUCCGUUGUAAUGGAAUACGUCGUUUUCGUGAUACAAGUUUCGGAGAAAAGUUUUCGAGAUACAAGUUUCCGGAAAAAAAGUCUUGUGAUUUGGCUGUCAUUUGGAACAUAAAGGUUUGGGACAUGUAUACUUCCAGUGUGAAAUAAAAGUAAAGCAAAUCAACUUUGACGAAGUAAGACAGUGGCAAAUUUGGACGAAAAUGACUGAGAUUCAUAUUUGUAUAUUUUUAUAGCUGACUAGUACGUUUUAAAUCCGUCCCGAUUUGAACUCUAUAUGUGCCUUCUAUUUAAUGCUGGACCACAGGACCGACUCACGCGAAUGUUCAAAUACGUCAUACAUUUGUUUUGUUUGUUUUUACGUUACUUAUCUUAUAUAACUCCAUAUGUGAAAUACCUCAUUCAUAGCUUAUAUUAGCAGGAAACUGAAUACCGGAUUCAACAUUACGGAAAGUAUUCAUGCGGCAAUGGUAACCUUUGUCUGCAUGUAUAUUGUGUAAAUCGUGAUAGAGGUAAAGCGAUGACUGUGAACUUGAUUAUGUGAACUAGAUGUUGUGAAUGAAUAAAGAGC